AUGGCGGUGAGGCGGUUUAUUGCUCGCAGAGGUGCUCCGCAAGAGAUAUAUAGUGAUCAGGGCACGAACUUUCAAGGUGAAAGUAACGAUUUGAAGCGGGAGAUAGCACAAAUCAACAUUUCAUUGGCCAAUACCUUCACCAAUCGAAAUACGGCGUGGCGGUUCAAUCCACCGCUAGCCCCAAACAUAGGUGACUCGUGGGAACGCUUAGUUCGGUCCGUCAAGGUCGGUCUAGGCACUCUCUCUAUCUCCAGGAACCCGGACGAGGAAUCCUUUGGCACUAUAUUGGUCGAAGUAGAAGCGAUGGUCAACUCCAGGCCAUUGACGUACGUUCCCGUGAGCGCAGAACAUGAGGAAGCUCUGACUCCCAACCAUUUUCUGAUGUUGAGUUCCAGUGGUGUCGUACAACCAGCAAAGCAGCCUGUGGACGUUGCAACUACACUCCGAACCAACUGCGGACACGUUCAGGCUUGUUUGGACAGGUUUUGGACAAGGUGGAUUAGAGAAUACCUCCCUACCCUCAGCCGCCGCACAAAGUGGUUCAUCGAAAUCAAACCAGUGCAAGCGGGAGAUUUGGUGAUCGUCAUGGAUGAAGCUAUACGGAACAGCUGGAUUCGUGGCAGGGUCCUCAAGACACAUCCAGGGAAAGAUGGAAGGAUUCGAAGCGUUGAUGUGAAGACAGGCGGUGGCGUGUUCCAACGACCAGUAACAAAGCUGGAAGUGUUGGACGUGAUGGAUGGAGGUAUAGCUGAUGGAAGUCUGCAGCAAUACGGGUCGGGGGAUGUUCGCGACAGUCCUCACCUUGCAAGCACACACCUUGCACCGUCGAUCCGUAACGUUAGGCAUUGGAUACGGAUAACGGAUAGCUUUGACGUUGAUGUAAACCUUCAAUCCGGACAAAGAGCACAAGUGGACAAUGACUGUUUACAAGUGAACAAAGACACAAAGUAG